UAAGCGCGCAUUGAAUCCUGUGUAGACAACGGUGUGUGACUGUAGUCUGCUGCUACUACUGCAAAUAACAGUGGUCGUAAUAGUAAAAAAAAGUUCUCUAUCAGUUAGUUGGUUACAAUUUCUAUCAACUGCCAGUUACAAGAAUAGGAAACGCUCUACAGUACCAGGUGCAAGCAGUAUAUUUUUAACCCACUCUUGCCUGCUGGUACUACCACUACCUUUACGACGCUGUCAGCGAGCUCACGUUUCUCUCAAGGGCACGCUUUUCCGUUGCCUGGACAAUCUUCGGCUGGUUCAUGCCUCGUCUGUGAUUAUUAUAUGCUCUCGUAUGACCGCCAUAACUUGUUAACUCCGUACGCGUUCUUGGCCAGAAAGCGCUGAACUCAGUAAACUCAAAAUAUGAAUUCCCAUUUGACCGAGAGUGGCUCAAUAAAAACAGUCUCGACGAGAGUAAGCGACUCAACGAUGACCUCAAAGAUAAUAGGAGCAAACGCGGACGGUGACGGAGGCAACCACGGUCUCAUGGUCAAAGGCUUCAUGAUUUUACUGCUCACUGUAGUAAUUCUGGGCAUCAUUAUUGGUGGUUUGUUGUAUGUUGGGAGCGCGUUUAAGAGAAGCGAGGCCCAUACGUCUGACUGUAACGACGUAAUAUGUGCAAAGACAGCCUUUGCUUUUGAAAAUAUUCUCGGCAACAAUGCCACCGACGUCGAACUCUGUGCUCAAUGUGAAGCUGCGAUGAGAGCUCUUCGACACUACGGCUAUGAUCACGUUAUCGACAAGCUGAAGGCGAUAUGCAUAGCAAAAAUGAGCUUCUACAACGAAGAAACUUGCCUUAGUAUGAUCGAUAUGUACAAGGAUGAAAUGCGGUACCUUCUGUAUCAACUAAAAGUUCCGGACACAGAGUUCUGCAGAUUCGUAACCGGGUGCGGGCAAUAUAACGAUUCGUUAUAUAGGUGGAAGUUCGACGUGUUCACAAAUCAAUUUGAAGCGUACACUCAGAUUGAUGUCUUCCCUGAGGCAUCGCCUUUCGCUGUUCUUCAUCUGGCCGACCCGCACGUCUCAUUUGAGUACCGUGUUGGAGUCGCCUAUAGUUGUAGAGAAGAGCUUUGUUGCACAAACAGACAGAUGACUCCGGUGACGAAUAUGUCAGCUGAAGAUUCAGGUCCUUAUGGUGAACCUCGAAAGACAGGUCUCUACGGACGCUGCGAUCUGCCCGUAAGGACACUUCGAAGCGCACUUAAGAGUGCUGCCAGUCUCAAAUUCGACUUUGUUUACAUCACUGGCGAUUUCAUCCCACAUACAAGCUUUAACUUUUCGUUUAGUCGAGUGAUAUAUGAAAUCACAGAGCAAACAAGGAUUAUAAACGAGGCCCUACCAAAUAAAGACAUUUAUGUUUCUAUUGGUAAUCACGACGAUUAUCCUUCCUUCCUAUUUCCCACGGAUCGUAUGGUGGCAGGCAAGUACUCCUCUGAUCGGUUAUAUUAUGCCCUAUGGAAAAUUUGGGGUGACAAAUGGAUACCGACUGAAGCUAAAGACACGUUCUUAAAAGGUGGCUUCUAUACGGCCUCCAUUAGUCCAGGAGUUCGACUAUUUUCGUUGAACACUAACUACUGCUACAAACUAAAUUGGUGGCUCGCAGUCGAUCCAGAGGAUCCUGAGGGUCAACUGCGCUGGUUGGACGAAGGGCUGGCCGAAGCUGCCCGCAUGAAAGAGAAAGUUCACAUCAUAGGCCAUAUUCCACCUGGUACCAAAGAAUGUCACUCAGAAUGGGCCACAGCCUACCAGAAAAUUAUAUCGAAACACAGUCAAAUUAUAAACGGCCAAUUCUUCGGCCAUAUGCAUUGGGACCAGUUUACUGUCGAUUGGUCUGUCGAAGAUGACCCGAAGAAGCAAUCAAUUCCUACGGGUGUACAAAUAUCAUCGCCAUCGAUUACAACCUACAUGACAGGAUACCCUUCCUACAGGAUUUUGAAGUUCGACAAAUUCGGGGGUCUCGAGGAUAUAGACACGUACAUGCUAAACAUUACAGCCCUCAAUAAGAAAUUCCUUGCUCGAACUAAGGGCUUCGAUAGAAGGGCGCUUGACAAAGCUGUCCAAGAACUUGACCGCAACGAUAAGUCAUAUCGGUUUUGGCAAAAGAUGUACAGUACACGCGCGGCAUAUGGGCUUAAGGAUCUGUCACCUAAUAGCUUCGCGGACCUUAUAGAGCGAUUUGCGAAGAACGAUAGUCUUCUCGAAUUUUACUACAGAGCAUUGUAUCAGUUCCACGAAGAACCAAGUAACGUGCAUUGCAGUAAGGGCGUCUGCACAACAAACUAUUACUAUCGCACUGGUUUAGAACACUACGUUACCUGUGAGCAGAACUCGUAUGGCUCGACGAAGUUUACCGAAUGCGAGAAAGCGGUCGGCGAAAUUAUUAGUUGAAUCUGCCGGCCGGCCUGUCUGUUAGGCUCCUUAGCGACCUGCCGUAAUAAGCGCAGAUGAUGUAAAACCAUUUGCGGUAGUUUAGGUGGAAGGUAUUUGCUCUACGAUGACAUGAAGAAAUAGUUUUUUUUUUCUUUAACAACACAAGGAAGCGUUCAAUUGUAUGUGCAAUUAUGCUCGUAGUCGAAAAACCCAAUGAUACAAUAAUGUAAAACUCCCCACAAGGGUUUAUACUUCAGCCUUGCGAUAACCAGUCGCGAGAAACUAAAUGGUUUGAAAAACCAGGAUCGCAGACGUGAUAUUUAUUCCUUCAAGCCAAUAAAACCUCUAACUGACUCCGAGCGCUUCGUCAUUAUAAACGGACCGGUCCAUUGUUGGCCGUCGCCAUUGCAAAGGUGGUUUACCUGACGACGUCCUAACGUUAUCAUAUUUUUAGACAAAUCUAGCAAACAUUGCUCGCACCGAUGUUUUUUACAUCGAUUUGUAUUCGCAAUCUCGAUAGCCGGAGAGUUGCA